CGCCAAUAAGAGGAACACGAAGAAGACGAAGGACGCUAAGAAGAAAUCAAGCACAACAGAAGAAUGAAGAGGCGACCCCUGACUCUAGCUUCUGCUGGAGCCGAUAACAUGAAGAUGGACUUCUCCCAGUCAGAGGUGCAAAAGCUGAUGGAGCAGGAGGUUCCCAGUGCAACUGAAAUUAAACUCCAGGGUUUAAUAGAAAGUAUUCAAAAGCUUGAAAAUGGAGUGAACUUUGAAAGGUCCAUUAAAAAACUUGAGGCUCGAGUUAAAAUAUUGUCCAAAAGAGCAGAAGCUGCUAUUGACUACGUAACAAAGAUGCAAAAAAAGAAUGCAGUGCCCUCUCUGGUCAGAGCGAAUUCAGAAGAAAGAGACAUAGAAACUGUUUCACAGAAUGCAACCAAGAACGGAGAUCUCUUUCAGAUGAUGGAAAUCACAAGACAGACACUUAAGAAGAUGCGUGCUGACAGUAAAGCUUUGAUGGCUGCCAUGGCAGAUUUAAAUGAGGAGCGGCGUCCUCCAACUCCUAACAGCCCAUUGGAGUAUGAGGGACCCGUCAGGUUCAUAAAGAAGGAACCCGAAGUUGAGCAGGAAAAUGAAAACGGUGUUGAGGAGUUGAUGCAGUUUGAGAAUCCAAAGGGUCAAAGAGUGAAAGUAGAUGGUAUCUUUCGUGACAAGACGAGAGACACUGAUAGAGACGCAGAGCAGGAAACCACGAGAAGAGGAGUAAAGAGGACGCAUGAAGCUGCCACGACUGAUUCAAAUGAGGAGCGGCUGCCUCCAGUUCUGACUCCUCAACGGCCUUUUCACCAUAAGCAUGAGUGCAUAGCUAAGCAAGAAAAAGAAGAGUUUGAAGAGUUUGAAGCGUUUGAAGAGUUUGAAGAGCCCAAGAGUCAAAAGGUGAAAGUAGAAUGUGUCUCUUCUGUCGCCACGAGGAGUCCCAGUCACACUGACUCAGAGCAGAACGGGCUCUCGUUACCUCCUCUUCCUUCUAGACCCUUCCCCUCCGUCCUGAACAUGGAAGCGGCCUCAUAUAGCAUCCCUCAGAAACUUGAAGUGAAUCUGGCCCUCAUCAGAAACCCCAGCGGCCUCUCUAUCCUCUGGAAAGUGAUGGAGGAAGACCCCUCUGCUCCACCCAUGGACAGUUACACGAUCUUCCUAACUAUGGAAAAGGUUAAGGGCAGUGGCGUUUUCCCAGACUGGAAUAUCCUCGGUGAGGUGAAGGCCUUGAAUUUGCCCAUGUGUGUGCUGGUCAGAAAGUACAAGCCUGGCCACAGGGUGUGUGCGGCUGUGGUGGGCAAAGAUGUAUUUGGCCGGUAUGGACCUUAUAGUGCAGUCGCUACUUCAGUCAUACCUGAGUAGUCGGGAAGAGGACGCGGAGCCGCCUAUUUGAAUCUCCAGCUACUCACUCUUGAGUUUGUGCUUACCGAGCAGCGUGGACAGUCCCCAGCAGCGUGGACAGUCCUUGUGCUGAUGUUGUUUCGGGGCCAGUGUUUUGUUCACGCAGUUUUUAAGUGUUUUUAAGUACCAUAAACCUUAAUGGUCACAUGAAGCUAAAGAAGCUGCACUUUGUAACUUGUGCCUUUCAUCAAUAUUUUCGGUUCAGAUGGAAAACGGUGAACUUUUAUGUUUCAAGCUCUUCUGUCUUUGUCUGCCUUCAGAUCGUUAAGGACAGUGUUGCAUAUCAGUGUUAAGGUCACAAUUAUUCAAUUAGUGUAUUACUUCAAAAUAUGGUACAGUUUACCUCUAAUAUACAUCUCCAACACAA